AUGAAAAGUACCAAGCGUAUCAUUGCUGUUAUCACUCUCAUCUUAGUGAACCUUUUGGCUUAUGCCAACAGUACAUGUCCACUCGUCUCUUACACGCCUGCAGCAGGUUGCAUUGCUCCUAACUCAAAAGAACAAGUUGUUCGGAUUGCUACUGGCUUCCAGGCAUCAAUGGAGUCGAUCUGCUCAGCCGCGAUUGCAUGUUCAAUCCGACUGUAUAUUAGUCAAUCAUUUCGUCUUAGCAGCUCUGGCCUGCAAAAUGUUGUUUACGAACCAGCACCUCAUAGCAAUCAUCUAAUCGGCUAUGCUAUUGAUAUGAAUACGGUAUCUGCUAAUGGACGUCUCUGCAAUUCUGUUUGUUUGAGUCAAACAACAAAAUUAUCAUCGGAUGUAAUGUGUUUUCUCACCAAAAUUCGAGCAUCGCCACCAUUACGUUAUGGAGGCGACUUCAAUACUGAAAAGAAAGAUUGGGUGCAUAUUGAUGCGGGACCAUUUUAUCAAACGAAUCCGACAGGCUAUAUGACCCUCUACAGACAGAUUCGACAAGAAUGCUUUAGUAGCACCGGUCCAACACCGAGACCGACGCGUGCACCAACUCCUCCACGACCAGGGUCUGGUCCAACAACACCUCAUCCAAGCAACUGUGAUCCGUCAAUCUCAGAUUGUGCGAGUUUCGCCCCUACGACUCCCUGUGAAGAUGACGAUUGUCUCGAGCCAACGUCUGAACCUGAACCUGAACCUGAACCUGAACCUGAACCUGAACCUGAACCUGAACCUGAACCUGAACCUGAACCUGAACCUCCUGGCGACUAUGGCGAUGGUUGGGAGUCGGCCAAACGUCGACGUCGCUCAGUCGGUAUGAAACGGCGGCUUCGCGAAGCGCUGCACCGACGUCAGCCUCAAUGGCGUCAAGCCAAUGUAUUUUCUUUGAAAAAAAGACACAUAUGA